AGGAUCAUGUCGGCUGUCAACAAACGAUAUUCUCAUAGCUUUGCCCAGACCACCAACGAAUCUACCACUUCUCAGCAAGAACGUGAUGACGCCGCCUCAUCCGUUCGCGCGGAUCAGGCGGUAACCACCUCCGACGGACUAUUUGACGAUCCCACAUAUCCUAGUGCCGCACCUGACGAACUCUUGCCACCUCCCAACUUUCGUCCAUUCUUUACCCUAAUCGAAGACCCCGACACGGGCGAACACCACCAUCCAUCAGUACACUACAUGUUCUCAGAUGACAACCCCGACUUCUUGACAUCUACCAUUGUGCACAGAAUGGAUCAAGAGCAAAUUGGCAUAUCUACAGAGCAGCAGGCUGCCAACAACCGCGAACGCAUGAUACUCCUCGACAUAGCGCCCGACGGGAAAUCAGUCAGCGAAGCUCAAAGUCUAAGCCCACACUGGCAGAUCCUCAAGACAACUGUUGGUCAAGCUCCGUCGUGGGCAGAUGAGGUGUCUAGGAAGGACAUACCAGGGCUGAUGCUCAACGUUCAGGGCAUGGAGAGUGGCAAGCUGAAACCACAAUCCCACCGUCGCAAAAACUCUCAAGAAGACGUCAUGGCUCGCAUUGAGGCGAUGAUUGGCGGCUAUACCAACUGCUUGUCUACUUUGGAGAGCCUUGUCAAGAAAGACGUGUUGGAGGACGAGCAAGACGUGCCUGUGGAGACGGCCAAGACAGUGGCUACGCAAGAUGACGAUUAA